ACGAUUUUCCUCCUAGUGCCUCCUCUGGUGGAGCCGCAGCUCCCUGCCACUUGGCUCAGGCCAGCGGGAACGAGGAGGGGCCCGCGCUGCUCCCUGCCAAAGGGGAAGGGCCCAGCGGGCAGCGGCCCCCAGCGUGACACAUCCCCCGUGGGCUCCGCCAGGGCGCCACGCGCGGGGAGAAGGGAGCCCCGGCGGAGGCGGAGAGGGGCCCUGGCCCCGCGCUGUGCCGGCCGGGACUGGAGCCAUGGGCGGGAGGCAGGGCGCGCUGCGCACGGGGCUGGGCUGCGCCCUGCCGCUGGCCCUCUUCCUGCUGGGCUUCCUGGCGGGCUGGUUAAUGAAACCCACUAAAAAAACAACCAGCUCAGCAGAUGCCUAUCAAAACGUGAGACAGAAACUUGUGGCUGAAAUGAAAGCAGAAAACAUCAAGCAGUUUCUUCGUUCGUUUACAAAGUUUCCUCACGUGGCAGGAACGGAACAGAACCUUCACCUUGCUAAGCAAAUUCAAGCCCAGUGGAAGGAAUUUGGAUUGGAUUCAGCGGAGCUCGUUCAUUAUGAUGUCCUCCUUUCCUACCCAAAUGAAACUCAGCCCAACUAUGUCUCAAUUAUUGAUGAUCAAGGGAAUGAGAUUUUCAAUACAUCGUUGUUUGAGCCGCCCCCUCAGGGAUAUGAAAACAUUACUGGUGUGCUGCCACCAUAUAAUGCUUUUUCAGCUCAAGGAGUGCCAGAGGCAGAUCUGGUGUACGUGAACUAUGGCCGCACAGAAGAUUUUUUCAAACUAGAGCGAGAGAUGGGAAUUAAUUGUACUGGAAAGAUUGUCAUUGCCAGAUAUGGGAAAAUUUUCAGAGGAAACAAAGUUAAAAAUGCCAUAUUAGCUGGAGCCAAAGGGAUUAUACUGUAUUCAGACCCUGCUGACUAUUGCGCCCCUGGAGUAGAUCCUUAUCCAGGUGGCUGGAACCUUCCUGGAGGUGGAGCCCAGCGCGGGAAUGUGUUAAAUCUGAAUGGGGCAGGGGAUCCUCUCACGCCAGGUUAUCCAGCAAAAGAAUAUACCUUCAGGUCUGAAGUUGGUGAGGGAGUGGGAAUUCCCAAAAUCCCAGUUCAUCCCAUUGGAUAUCAUGAUGCAGAAAUAUUAUUACGCAUCCUGAGAGGACCUACAGCACCAGACAGUAGCUGGAGGGGGAGCCUCAAUGUGUCUUACAACAUUGGGCCUGGAUUUGCAGGCAGCUAUUCUAUAAGAAAGGUCAGAAUGCAUGUCCACACUCACAGCAAAAUAACACGAAUUUACAAUGUUAUUGGCACUAUCAGUGGCGCGGAGGAACCAGACAGAUAUAUUAUUCUGGGAGGACAUAGAGACUCCUGGGUAUUUGGCGGGAUUGAUCCAACCACUGGUGCAGCUGUUCUUCAAGAAGUUGCUCGGAGUUUUGGCAAAAUGGUGAUGGAAGGUUGGAGACCUAAAAGAACUAUUAUUUUUGCUAGCUGGGACGCAGAAGAAUUUGGACUAUUAGGAUCCACAGAAUGGGCUGAGGAGAAUGCUAAAGUUCUUCAGGAACGGGCCGUUGCUUACAUCAACACAGAUUCUUCUAUAGAAGGCAACUACACUUUAAGAGUUGACUGCAGCCCCCUUCUCUACAAAUUGGUGUAUAAUCUGACAGAAGAGAUUGCAAGCCCUGAUGAGGGUUACGAAGGCAAGUCUCUCUAUGAGAGCUGGCUUGAAAAGGACCCCUCAACAGAAAGUAAAAGUCAUCCCAGAAUAAACAAACUGGGAUCAGGCAGUGAUUUUGAAGCUUAUUAUCAGCGACUGGGAAUCACAUCGGGCAGAGCCCGUUAUACAAAGAACAGGAGAGCAGACAAGUUCAGCAAUUACCCGGUUUACCACACCGUCUAUGAGACUUUUGAGUUAGUAGAACGAUUUUAUGACCCUACGUUCACGAAACAGCUCACUGUUGCCCAGUUACGAGGAGGACUGGUGUAUGAAUUGGCAGAUUCCCAGCUCAUUCCUUUCAACUGCCAAGAUUAUGGAGAAGCCUUAAGAAAAUACACAAAUAGAAUCUAUAAUUUGAGCAAGAAACAUGAAGAACAGGUAGAGACGUACGGAGUGUCAUUUGGUCCCCUUUUUUCUGCUGUGACGAAUUUCACAGAAGCUGCCGCUGAUUUUCACAGAAGACUUAAAGAGGUUGAUGUGAAUAAUCCAAUUGCAGUGCGAAUCAUGAAUGAUCAGCUGAUGUUUGUGGAAAGAGCUUUCAUCGAUCCUCUUGGUUUACCAGGCAGGAAAUUUUACAGACACAUUGUUUUUGCUCCGAGCAGCCACAACAAGUACGCUGGAGAGUCAUUCCCAGGGAUCUACGAUGCCAUGUUUGAUAUUGAAAAUAAAGCGGAUCAGCGCAAAGCCUGGGAAGAAGGAUGAAGGAAGAAAGUAAAAUGACCCGACAAAAAGGGAACUGAAACGCUUUCCAGAAACCAGACGCCGGAUAUAAAAAGAAGAAAAUAUUCUAAGAGUGGGGAUUUCAGUGAUUUGGCCAACAUUCCCUGUCUUCCCCUGGGUGUGCAAUAUGGCAGUUUACCUUCAGUUCCCAAGGUGGCUGCAUUUCUGUGGCUCUGGCUGCAUAUAAGGAUUAUGAGGUUUUUCAGGCUGUCGAUAUAAAUGGAUAAUAUUAAAAAUCACUUACACUGCCCUCCACAACUCCAUUUGCAGAGUGCCUAUGUUUUGAUUCAUGUAUUCAACCUGUCUGAAGCAGUCUGUGGGUCAUGUAACUGGAAAGCAUCCAAUCCUCAGCGUUUAAAGCCUAACAUGGGAUAAUAAAGCAGUUUGACAAAA